AUGGGCGUAGGAUCACGUGUGGCGCCGAGGCUGACGCUGUCGAGGAAUGGCAAUGGUAGGACGGCCGUGGGCCGUCAGAUCCGCGAUGGUGCCGUACGGUGGAUUACCGCUGCCGGCAAAGAUAACGACCUCGUUAACGGCGCCGUCAUAAUGAAGUCACAAGAGAACAGAAAAAUUCAAGCCCCAAUAACUAACCAUGGAUAUGGAGGUUUCAAUGCAACAGACAUCGGCCCCAGGCAGGGUGCAGUGAAUGGUCCUUUAUCCGUUCGCUUCCUUCUCUUCCGACGAGAGGCCCACCUCCCUUCCUCCUCCUUCCUCGAUCCACUAACUCCCUUGUCCGCCACCGCUUCCUCUUCACAGUCGUUGCCCGGGACUCCAAUCCCCAGCAACAACAAGCAGCAGCAGAAGCAAGAGAUCAACGUCUCCGUCCUACGUUUCACGCUUGGGAUUCCGGGCCUUGACGAGUCCUACCUUCCGAGAUACCUCAGGAUUGCACUUGGCACUCUAAUCGUGAUCAACCACGUUUUCUCCGCUGCCCCCGCCACUCCUUCUCAGCUGAGAACUGAGGCUCUAGGGAUUUUCUUGGCUACUUUCUCGGUCGUCCUCCUCCCUUAUCUUAGGAGGUUUCUUGAGGGUGCAAUAGUGGAUUGUACCUCACUGCCAAAAGGAAAUAGGCAACUAUUUCUCAUGUCCAAUAACAUCUCAGAUGAUCUGAAGGAAGAUAUGUCAUGGGUGAUGGGCCUCUUAUGCUCUUUUACGCAACAUGAAUAGCAUAUCAGUGGUAUAACUUCACAUUUCACUAAAAAUUAGGUGCCAAAAUUGAGAUGAUAGUAUAUUCAUAAGGUAGUAUUGUCCAGUACAUUUUUAUAUAUAUCUCUUUGUGCUAGAUUAUAGCAGUUAUUGAUGUACUAUGUAUACGUGGAUAUUGGAACAUGACUGAAGAUGAAGACGAUUCUGAGAGAUCACCUAUUGCAAUGGUUUGGCAAUGGGAUUCAGCAAAGUAGCUUUUUUGACUUGAAAGAAACACUAUAUUUUCCUGAAAGCCUAGGUAUGAUAAAAUUUUCUUCUUGGAAAGGAUAAAUACCUAUGUUCCUUUCAAACUUUAUCAUCUAGUCUAAAUGAGUUAGGAUGGAUUGCUUCAAGAAGAAUACCCUGUUCAUAAUUCGCCCAAUUGAUGAACCGCUGCCUAAGAUAAUAAAGCUUCAAUUGAUGAAUAAAAUAUUAGCUAAAUUCUUGGAAUCCAUGCAGUUUUUUAGAAGAUUCCAUUAUGUGUUAGAAUGAAACAAACAAAAGAGUGCCAUUUGUACAUGUAAAUGCGAUGACAAUACAUCGUGAGUCCUAAACCAUUUGUGGUAGGCAAUAUGUGCAUGUAA